GCAAGAACUGGUGGUCCCACUCCGAAUCCUGUAAUGGAUCCUGCAUCUGACAUCAUCCAGCACCAGCAAGAAGGCUAUGUUAUGUAGCGUAUAAGCUUGCUUAUCUUGUUUUCUUUCUUUGUUUGGUUGCAUUUAUGUAUGGCUUAUUUACUGGCAUGCAACCCCACCACUUCACACAAGCUUUUCUGCUCAGAAAUCUUUCUUGAUUCCAGAGUAGUUUCUAGAAAUGCAUGUUGCAGUAGUGUGAGAAGGAGUAGCGGCGGCUUUGUGUUGCAAUGCACCACCACAAGUAGUACUUCUCAGUUAUCUCGUGCAGAUCAGAAUUUGAGUCUGCAGCAGCAGAUUGAGAACGCUGGUGAGAAGCUUAAGCAGCAACUCGAGUAUUUGGUGUGUGAAUAUGGAUGGAAGGUAAGGAGGCUUGUUGAGAAUAAAGAUGAGACAAAGAAAGCCGCUCUAAUUCAGGCAGAAGCGUUCCAUGAGCCUGUGGCUCUUUUUAAUGACUUGUUCUUUCAAUUCUUUAAGGCGGAAGUGCUUUCUGGGCUCAUGUACAAGCUUAAUAACUCACCUCCCAAUAGGUAUGCUUGUUUGGUGGCUGAGGCAGCCACAGAAGAUGCAGAUUCACAAAAACAACUUGUAGGGGUCAUAGAUGUCACUGUCUUAAGAGACCGAGAUCAGUCUCCAAAACAUUCAGGAGGAGGAAAAUAGCUACUGCAUUGUUGAAAGCGUGUGAUAAGCUUUCCAUUCUGUGGGGUCAUGAGUUUCUUGCACUUCGGGCUUAUGAAGAAGAUCUUGGUGCACGCAAAUUGUACACAAAUGCAGGAUACCAUGUUGUGUCUAGAGAUCCACCAUGGACAAGUAAUUGGAUUGGACGAAAAUGUCGUGUUCUUAUGAUUAAAAGAACUAGUUAGCUUAAUGUAUAAGUUUUGAGACAUCUUACAUCCAAACGAAACAUCAAGAUGAGCAAAGUAUAUCAUAAGUACAUAGUUUGUGAUAGUAUAACUAUUUUGUAAUUCUCAUGCUGUCAAAAUAUGCUUUUCAAGUGAGAAGCCUCAAACUUUUAGCAAA